GUCUCGGCAAUUGAAUUUGGAAGGCCUGCGCAAGUUAGUGAUUCAUUCGAGACCUUUUCUGUAAUGGGAGUUUCAGCAGGCGAACAAUCUCUUCUUGUUUCUUUCAAGGAUAAGGUCCAAGGAAAAGAAGAAAUGGUGGACGUCAAGGCAAACGAGACCCUGUGGGAAAAAGUCAUGGAAGGACAAGCCAAGAGAAGAUGCCCACCGAGGAAACAAAAACACGGACGACAUGCCGAGGGCAAGAGACCUAGAAGGAUUUUGAUGAAGAGAAUGGCACGUGUAGAAGGUUCUCCUAGAAGGGCUGGGUAUGGUGUUGGGAGAAGAGUUAGAACCCUGAAGAAGCUCAUCCCUAAUGGCGAAUCCUUGGGAUUGGAUGGGCUUUUCAGAGAGACAGCUGAUUACAUUUUGUCUUUGCAAACGAGAGUGAAAGUCAUGCAGAUAAUGGUUCAGGAAUUAACAGGUUCGGACGAGUAGUAAACUAAUUCAUUUUGUAAAGGCUAUCAUCUCUCUCUCUCUCUUUUAAAUUUUAAUUCCUUUUUGUCUCAUAAUCUGCUAUCCUUUAUGUUAUUCAUAGCAGUACGUACGUAUAGGACUUCGUUUUGUAAGUCUACAUAUAUGUGGACGUGAUUGUCUAGAAUAUUUAACAGCACGCAGCAGCUUUGUGUGAAAGUGGCUUAAUUAGCGAGAUGAACGAGUGAAUUGAUCAUCAAAUUCACUAAUGUUAUUUUCCACAGCUCCAUGAUUCAAAUACCAUGCAUUCAAUUUCUCCA